AUGAUGCAUAAAGAAGCAGAAGUUUAUAUGGAUGACAUGAUCAUUAAAUCCAGGGUGACUGAAAACCAUGUGUGGGUAUUAAGAAAAGUGUUUAAAAGGCUCAGGAAAUAUCAGCUGAAGUUAAACCCAGCUAAAUGUGUGUUUGGAGCAAAAUCGGGAAAGCUGUUGGGAUUUAUAGUAAGUGAGAAGGGAAUAGAGAUAGAUCCGAAUAAAAUUCGAGCCAUCCGAGAAAUGCCCUCCCCAAAAAUGGAAAGGGAUGUGCGUAGUUUCCUGGGAAAGUUGAACUACAUCUCAAGAUUCAUCUCUAACCUCACCGCCAAGGCUAAACCCAUUUUUAAGUUACUUAGAAUAAUACUGCCAAAUGGGACCAAGAUUGUCAAGAGGCUUUUGAAAGGAUUAAGCACAAAAUGGAAGGUCAUACUUUCUCAGUACGACAUAGUCUAUAUGAUAAGAAAGGCAGUAAAAGGGAGUGUGAUAGCUGACCUCCUAGUUGAGAACCCAAUCAAUGAUUAUGAAGCCUUGGAUUUUGAAUUCCCAAAUGAAUAUAUUAACACAGUGAGCAAUGAUGUUGAAUGCCCAAAUGACGUGUGGGAAGUGUAUUUUGAUGGAGCCGUCAAUUUAACUAGUAAUGGGAUUGGAGCAGUACUUGUUGCCCUAGAUGGGAGACAUUUCCCAAUAGCUGUUAAAAUAAGGUUCGGCUGCACAAAUAAUGUAGCAGAGUAUGAAGCCUGUGUGAGCAGUUUACAAGCGGCCAUUGAAAUGAAGAUAAAGAAAUUAGAGGCGAGGUUACUUCUAGACACCUUGGAGAAGGAUUGUAUUGAGUACUUCCGAAAAUGCCAAGUUUAUGCUAACCAGAUAAAUGUCCCACCUUGUCAGCUCUACAAUCUCGCCUCACCAUGGCCAUUUGCAAUGUGGGGUAUCAAUGUGAUCGGCCCGAUUAAUCCGAAAGCAUCCAAUGGCCAUAGAUUCAUUUUGGUAGCCAUCGACUACUUCACUAAAUGGGUACAAGCGACUUUAUACGCUCACAUCACUCAGAAUACCUUUCUGAAGUUCUUCAAGAAUAAUAUUAUUUGCCGGUAUGGACUUUCAAGGGAGUUUAUCACCGAUAAUGCCAAGAAUCUGAAUGGUCUAAAGGUUCAGAAGUUGUGCGAUCAAUAA